AUGUCGGCGGGAUUCCCGGGCUGUCAGUACAUAGGAAGAACAAUUGAGAAUAUGCGAAAGCACUGGCGCACCACCCAUGGAUGGUCCCAGUAUCCGCAUGGUGGUCGAGUAAGCCGUGACGAGCGCGUGCGUGCAGAUGCUGAGCUGCAGCGAUCCUUUAUAUCUGUGACAUGCCAGCAGAUAUUCCCAUCGCGCAAAGGAUCGCAUUAUAUUCACAUCCGCAAUCCAAAUGAGAACGACGAACCGGCGAUCCCCACAGAUGAUAUCCAGGUUGCUGUCCAGGAGCUAGAGAACGCGUGGAAGGAGGCGCAGUCCACGCCGAGUACAAUUCAGGCAUCUGAUAUUACCGACGCCAACCCAUGGCUGCGCAUGACCCGGUGGUCCGAGUAUUUAGAAGGAAUCGCACCAAAGGAUCUAACCGACAGCGUGGCGCCGCCCGAGGAAGAGCCCACAGAUCCCGUGGAGCAGGGCGUGCGCCACAUUUGGGCCGCCAUGGAGCAGGUCGUGCGCAAGAGCCAGCGCGUGGUCCAGCACAGCGGCCAGGCAAUCUGUGUUGAAGCGAUCCGAUCCGAAAAGGGUCAAACACCAUAUCGACCGUUGCAGGCCGUUUAUCGCGCGCACCCAGGCGCCACACGGAUGGACGAGUCCCCGUACGGGAUGACAGCACGGCAGCGCAAGAAAUGGCGGCAGUUAUGGCACCUCGCCACUACCCACCGGGAUAUUCCCGGCGAGCCGCAGGACGACGACGCAGCGUGGCGCAUGACCCCGAUCGAAGGCGCGUGUUUGGAGUUCUGCAUCGAGUUGCUAAACCAAAAGCAGCGUAGCCAUGAGUACGAGAGCGUGCUUGUAUGUGCCAUGGCCGUGUUAGGAUGGGGCCGGGACCGAUGGCAGGGCCCAGAGAGUUAUCCCCCGAUCUUAUCGCGUGUGAUCAAGGUGGCGCGCUUUAUAAUUGUCCAGAAAGCGCUUUGGUUGGAUCCGAAUCCCGAGGAGAUUAUCGCGGUGUGGCAGAAGAAGAGUAACUGCGCGCAGUGGGUGCUCGCCAGCGCCGACGACGAGCUGGAGGAUAUUUAUUCGGACGAGGGAUAUUACAGUCAACCAGAGCAAGGCAUCCCAUCAUCGCCCCCACAUCGCCCAUUACCAGCAGAGCACGUGGAGUGGAUGGUGCAGCGGUUUAUGGUGCGUGGCACCCACAGUCCAAUACAAACGUUGCAGGAUUGGCGCACGUACGGGUUAAAGAUCCAUUAUAAUACCACGGCGCCCGGGCACAUUACAUGGAACCAUGGCGACGAGCUCGGAUACAAGCAUAUCACAUUUACCAUGGGCGAUUUCCGCGGAUUUGUCCAUGGAUUGGUCGGGGCCACACGCCAGAUAUUCGCGGGAAGACAUUCCCAGUAUUCCAUGGCACGCGAUCUACGACGACCCCACGCAGGCCACGGUGGGAUGGAAUUUUUGCGGGAUCAGCGCACGCAAUGGCCGGUGGGGCCCAAGUGGAUGAUCGGCCGGUUGCGGGCCGAGCCGGCCGUGCAGAAGGAGUUUACCGUCCGGCGCCAAGCCCGACGGCUGCACAUGCCGAAGGUGGCGCAGUAUCUGGAGCGCGUGGCGCGAUUUAAGGAGAAAUUAGCAGUGCUUGUUCACGUGGUAUCCGGCCAGCCGGCUCGCGCACCCGAGUUAUUAAGUAUUCAACAUGUGAAUACCGUGGCGAAUCGACAGCGCAAUAUCUAUAUCGAGGACGGGAUGGUGGCGUUGGUGACGGCGUACCACAAGGGGUUUUACGCGAGUAACGAUAUAAAGAUCAUUCAUCGAUUUGUGCCACGGGAGCAACUAAGCGCAUGGCAUGCGAAGCAGACGCAGGGCACCACGGCGCAGGGCAUGCACGCAACGCAGGGAACGCACGCAGUGCAGGGCACCACCACAGCGCAGGGCACGAACGCAACGCAGGGCACGCAGGGAAUACGCGCAGUACAGGGCACCACCACAGCGCAAAGCACCACCACAGCGCAAAGCACCACCACAGCGCAGGGCACCACGGUGCAGGGCGCUCACGCAACGCAGGGCACGUACACAUCGCAGGGGCACAUCCGCGAAGAUGCGUUUUUAUGGGGCCCCGACCCCGGAACCCGGCGCAAAUGGACGUCCGAGCGGUUCCGGGAGGUGUUAAAGCGCGAAACCAAGACCCGGUUAAAAGAAGCCAUUAAUAUCCAGUGGUAUCGGGAUAUCGCCAUUGGGAUUAGCCGACGAUUUUUGCGACCCACUGCCGCGUUUGCCAGCAACAUGCAGGAGGAGAGAGACUUGGCGCAGGCUGUGUUAAACGCCGACACCGAGGAGGGCGGCGCAUUCAUCCCAAUUGGCGGGUGGAGUGUACGGCCGUGGUAUUAUGGAGCAGCCCGGGACCACGGCACAUCGCCGUGCAAUGUUUCGACUCUCCAGCACCGAUUGGCACCGGUUUUGGGGUUUGCAUCCGCCGCGGAGCCCAGCCCGUUGGGGAAGCGCAAGAGAUCACCAUGGGAGGACGAAGCCGAGGAGGGCCGAGUGGUCCGACGUCACCGGUUAAAUAUCGCAGAUAUGCGCACCACGUUGCAGCACAUGACCGGGCAAGAGGAUAUCCAGUUCCGGGGCGUCCAAGCACCGGCGUUGCGCGCCAUUCAGGACGGCAAGAGCCCGGUGCCCAGUGGUACUACCAUUGUGGUCGUGCCAUUAAUAUCAUUGCGGAACGAUAUGGUGCGGCGCUGUCGCGAGUUGGGUAUAUCCUGCAUUGAAUGGGAUAGUCGACGGCCACCGGACGAAGCGACAAUUGUACUGGUCACACCGGAAUCCGCGGUGCAGGAGGAUUUUCAAACGUUUAUUAACCGGUUGCAGCAAACACGCCGGUUAGACCGGAUCGUGAUCGACGAAUGCCAUGUGAUAUUAAACGACCAAACGGAUUUCCGACCCGAGUUGCGACAGCUGGGGCGGUUGAACCACGCGCGAACCCAGAUGGUGUUAUUAACUGCCACGUUGCCGCCGCGGUUGGAGGCGAAGUUAUUCCGGCGCAUGGAGUAUUCCCGCGAGCAAGUCCAUAUAUUUCGGGACCGGACAAGCCGUCCCAACGUGGCGUAUCGCGUGUGGCGGCCCGAGCUGGGUCGGCGUUCCAUGCAGUGGUUUACCAGCGAGCCGGUGCUCGCGUUUAUCCGCGAGCGAAUCCAGCGCGCCAAGGAUGGCAAGGUGGUGGUAUACGGCCAUGUGGUCCGUCAGGUAGUGGAGAUUGCACGCGAGUUAGCGUGCGAGGCGUACUACAGCAAGCAGGUGGUUGACAAGCCAUCUAUAUUACAGCGAUUUACCCGGGGCGAGGCGCGAGUAAUUACCGCCACCAGUGCAUUGGGCAUGGGUGUGGAUAUCCCCGAUAUUCGCAGUAUUAUCCAUAUUGGAACACCGCGGUCGUUGUUGGAGUACGGGCAGGAAAGUGGGCGAGCCGGACGGGAUAGCCAGCGCAGCGAGGCGAUUAUUAUCCAGCCCGAGGGCUGGGACGAGCCCACGCCGGAGACGCCAGAGGCCGUGGCGGAUCGCGAGUUGGUGGACGAGUACCUCGGGGUGGCGCCCGGGGUGGGAUGUCGACGGUUUGUAUUGGACGCGCACUCUGUGACGGCUGUGACGCCGAUUGGCUCGCGCAGGAGUCGGUUUGCAUGUCCCCGGACAGAUAUUCCCCGGACACCCGCAUGGACGAUCUCGCCAGCACGACAAGCCCCACCACGCGAGAUUAGCGCUACGGGCAGUCCCCAUUCCCAUGGUAGUGGCGAAUUAUUUCCAUUAUCGCAUAUUAUACCACAGAGCACGCAGAAUAUCGCGCCAAAUCCCACACGCCGGUCCCAAUCCCAUGACAGUACAGAAUCAUUUGAAACUCAAGUAAUAUCGCAUGUUAUACCACAGAGCACGCAAAAUAUCGCCCCCAAUCCCACGCCCACGGUUAGUAUCGCCGAACGCCAGCGCCAACGGGUGCAAGACCAGCGCCAUGCAGCGCCCCGUAUUCAACACCAGGUGCAAGAUGCACGGCAGUGGUUGGACGAGGAAACUAUUGAAAACGAGAUAGCACCAUGGCAGAAAAAGUGCUAUAUUUGCACCAUUGCAGGACGGGAACGGAACGAACACGAGUUAUACUUUUGUCGUGGGCCCAAAAGCGACAAAGCCAAGGCAUGGGUUAAUCUAGUUCGCCAGUAUAAGAUUCCAUUCGCUAGAUAUACCGCUUGUUACCGCUGUUAUAUGCCGCAGACGAUCUGUCGACGAUGGGAGGUACUAGAUGGCCAUCCAACACAAACCGAGAGUGUAUAUAAGGAUAUAUUGGUCCCCAUGACAGCUGUAAUACUGUACGGCCCGUGGGAGGAGCAGAUCCAGCCACUAUGGCAGCGCCGGUUGCAGCAGCACGGGGUGGACGCAAACAACACCAUGCAAGUGUUGCAGUUUUUUGGGGCAGGCCACGGAGGGAGCCAAAGGCCAGCACAGCCAGUUAUUCGCAUUAUUUUGCUGGCUAUGGCAGAUCUGCAAAGAAUUGGAGGGAUCCACGGGGUUUGUGGUAUAACUAGUUAG